AUGUUGUUAUUCUAUCGCGUGCUGGCCAGAGCCUUUCUUCCGUUCCUCAUCCUUUCAGAAAAUUGGGUUUCAGCUGAGAACAUCAACUUUUACAAUGUGAGACCUCCACUAGACCCCACUCCAUUUCCAAACAGUUUUAAGUGCUUUACCUGUGAUAAUGCAGUGGACAAUUACAACUGUAACAGAUGGGCUGAAGAUAGAUGGUGUCCUGCAAGUACUCAGUACUGUUUGACAGUCCAUCUCUUCACAGACCAUGGGAAGAGCACAUCAGUCACCAAAAAAUGUGCUACUGGAGAAGAAUGCCAUUUGGUGGGCUGCCACCGCCACCGAGAAAGUGGCCACACAGAGUGUGUUUCUUGCUGCGAAGGCAUGAUUUGCAACGUGGAAAUACCAACCAAUGACACAAACGCAGUAUUUGCUGUCUUGCAUGCCCGGAGAACGUCGGAUGGCAGCAGGCGGACAGUCAACGUUGCGGUGCUUGCGUCAGUCGUGAUGCUGGCGUUGUCGUGA